AUUAAAGGCACUCGCAUGGAGAGCGCUAUUGGCCUCCGAAGAGUUGGAGCCGGUUUUGGCCAGCCCGCUCUCCCUCUGCUUGGGAAAGUGGAAAUUCCUGAAGGCAUUUUACUUCAGAUUUCUUGUGGGGAUCUAAACAUGAAUGCAGAGGCUCUGGUGAACUCCAUCUUAGGUUCUUUGUUUCUGAUUUUACUCUUAGUCAUUGAAGAAAGUUUACUGCAAUCACUGGGGAAGGUGGGUGGAAAAUGUAAACUUUCCACCGAUGCCUCGCAGAGAAGAUGUCGGACCUCCGAUGGCCUGAUCUGCAGUGGGAGAGGAGAGUGUGUGUGUGGGGUCUGUAUAUGCCAAGUCAGUGAGCCAGGGAUGUAUUAUGGGCCACGGUGUGAAUGCCAUGACUGGGUCUGUGCAACAUAUGACGGGAAGACCUGUGGUGGUCAUGGAACAUGUGACUGUGGUAAGUGCCUAUGUGAUGACGACUGGUUUGGAGAAGCCUGUCAGUACCAGGAGAACUGCAAACUCUCCAAACGAAAAAGCAAAGACCUGUGUCGCAAUGCUCAUGGCGUGGUGUGCUCCAAUGCAGGAACAUGUCACUGCGGCAGCUGCAUUUGCCACAAUUCUGAUGGCAAAGGUCUCAUCAGUGGCCCUUACUGUGAGUGUGAUGACAGCCAGUGUCUAGACGAGGAUUCAGGGGAGGUUUGUGGAGGCCAUGGAAUGUGUUACUGUGGAAACUGUUACUGCUCGGCUGGUUGGCAUGGAGAUAAAUGUGAAUUCCAGUGUGACAUCAGCCCAUGGGAAAGCAAGCGGAGAUGCAAGUCUCCAGAUGGCAAGAUCUGCAGUAACCGAGGAACAUGUGUCUGUGGAGAAUGCACCUGCUAUGAUGUAGAUCCAUCAGGAGACUGGGGUGACAUCCACGGAGACACAUGCGAGUGUGACGAAAGGAGCUGCCAUGACACAUAUGACAGAUACUCAGACGAAUUCUGCUCUGGCCGAGGACAGUGUAACUGCGGGAGGUGUGACUGCAAAGAGGGCUGGACAGGCAAAAAGUGUGAGCAUCCUCUGUCCUGUUCACUCUCUUUGGAAGCCAGUCAGAAGAAGUGCAGAGGGACGUCGAACCUGCCCUGUCAUGGCAGAGGCCAGUGCGCAUGUGGACAGUGCACGUGCCAUCCACCAGGAGACAGCCGUGUUCAUGGCAAAAACUGCGAAUGUGAUGACCGGCAGUGUGAGGACGUGAACAAGAACAUCUGUGGUGGCCAUGGCUUUUGCUCUUGUGGCCGCUGUAUUUGUAGUGAUGGAUGGUUUGGAAAGCAUUGCCAGUUCCCCCGUAGCUGCAACAUGACUGACGAACAGAGCAAGAACUUGUGUGAGACAGCCCAUGGUGUCAUGUGCUCCGGAAAAGGCUCUUGCCACUGCGGGAGGUGCAUCUGUUCACCACAGGAGUGGUACAUUUCAGGGGAUUUCUGUGAAUGUGAUGAGAGGGAGUGUGACCAGCACGAUGGUUUGAUCUGUACAGGAAAUGGCUUGUGCAACUGCGGGACCUGUGAGUGCUGGGACGGCUGGACAGGGAACGCCUGUGAAAUCUGGGUGGGAGAAGAGUACUAACAUUUUCUAAAGACUGCCAAACCCCCCAAUAAAUAACGGCUUCUUCAAUAGUAGCUGGGAACAGAAGCACUCUGAACCUGCUUUAUGUAUAUAUCAAUAUUCAUUGUACUGUUACAAAACUCUUUUAUUAAAACAAGGUUUUUCUUUUUUUUUUAUGCAAGUCAAACAAAUGUUGUCAAUUACUUUGUAAUUGUUUUUGUUCGUUUCUAUUACAAAUAUAUGUUUUUUAUAGGAAUGCAUACACACACUUUGACUAACGGAGGACGCAGGUACAUGGGCAGGAUCCAAACAGUGUGUUUUAUUACUGAUGUGAUUAUUUGUCAGAUCAUCAUCUGAGUAUGUAUGAGCUUGUUACAGUUGUGCCUCAAUCAACAGGGUUUAAUGGAUAAAAACAAGAUUAUUCCUCCACUGAGGUGAGUGAUACUACAAUUAAACCAAUAAAUGUGACUCACAUAUUCUGUAUCACUCAAGAGAACAUGGUAACACUUCAGUAUGGGAGGUUAGAUAUUAGAUAUUAAUUCAUAACUUGAGUUAUUAAGGAGGAGAUGGUAAUGUUUCUUGUUUUUCUGGACAUAAUAGCAGAUUCUGAUCUUCAGUCUCAUCAUAUGUGUUUAUGUUAAUUACUAACCAUAAGAUAGCUUACAGAGAACUUUAUUAUUAUUAUUAUUAUUAUUAUUAUUAUUUGAUGUAAUUUCCCCUUUCUGGACUGAAUGAUGUUUAAAGACAGUUUUACAGAAAAAGUAAAGUAUAUAUUUAUUCUCUUAAUUUGGUUCAAAUUAGAUGUCUUUUAGGCCAUGGUCUAAUCAAACGUGCUAACAUGAAGCACUUAAUGGAAAGAAAAAAAAAAACAUGGCCAUCCUAAUUAAAUGUGUAAUUUCGAUUCACCGAUUAGCCAUAACAUUAAAUCCAUUAACAUUAAAACCACCUAGGAUUUGGGUUCCCUUUGGGCCACCGAGGCAGCUCUGGUCCCCAGGGGCUUACAGUAACUCCAAAGGGCCUCUGGGGGUCUGCUGUGGUGUCUGACACAAGGACGUUAGCAGCAGAUCCUUUUGCUGCAUAUGGAUUGUGGAAUGGGGUCUUCAUGGUUCAGACUUGUUUGCCGAAUCGGAUUGGGAUCUGGAGGCCAGGUCGACAGCCUUGGGCUCUUCUUUGCCUGCUGGGCCCAGUGCAUGGCAGGCUGUGGUGAACUGGGUGUUCUGGUUCCUUUCUGAUUUGUACUGCAUUAGCUUUUCUGUGGGAUCGUACCGGAUAGGCUGAACUUUUGUCCCCAAAAUGGUCGAGCCUUUUGUGCCCAUGAUCCUGUCACAAAUUAACUGGUAUAUACUGUAAUUGGUGAUGAAUGUUGUUCAGUGGUGGUGUUGAUGUUAUGGCUGAUCGGCAUACAAUAUGUUCAUGAACUAAUCGCUAUUGGUUAAAUUUUUUAGUUUAACUAUUUUCACUAUGCCAUCAGGUUAGUUAUCAGGAGCUUUUUAAGGAAGAAUUUUACAUGCAGCUGAACCUUUUUCAACCUUAGUCAAAUUCCCCUGAUCUACAGAAUAAUGUAAAAAUAUAAGAACAUUACAUAAUGCACUAAUAAAAUCUUAUUGUUGCUAAAUAUCUGUUGUAUUCACUUCUUACAUAGCCGGGCUGUUUAAUGUAUAGAGCAGAGUUUGUCCCCAUAUACUGAAGUGUUACUGAAAACCUGGAAAACAAGUUACCAUGAAAUGUUAUUAUGAGACUUUGAAUGAAAAGAGCAUGUUUGCAAUUGUUUAAACCUCUGCAAUAAAUCACUUUGAGAUAAAAUGCAA